AAACACUGCUUGUUUUCUGUAAACAUGGCCUCCACUCCCCCCCCCAACUCUGUGAUGUCAGUUAUAAAUUAUACAUAAAAUAAAUGGCUUUCAUCUGAAUAUAUUCUACUAUGCACAGCUCAUUUUUCCAAUACCUUUAAUUUUUGCCCUGAUGAUGGAACUGUCCAAUAUGGAAGCUGAAUUCAUUUCUUUUAAAUGCCUAAUCCACGCUAAUGGAGAGACACUGGAAUACAUGUUACCCCUUUAAUUGAUGAAAUAAUAAUGAUGCAAAAAUCUGUGCUGAUAUUUACAUGGGAUGCAGAUAGGAGCCCCGGAGAUGGAAGGGUUAAUAUCUUGUUGCUGUAAUACGAUUUCAUAGCGGUGACUCAGUCUGCCAGUUCCUGAGAGAGCAGGGGCUGCAGUGCUAGUGCAGCUAAUGAUGAAGGUUUCUUCUCUCGCUUGAAAUCCACAUUUUUCUUAUUCUGACCAGCUCCUCCUUCAUCCAUUCCUACCUUAAAGUCUGAUGAUGACAUCUCAAAUUUUGAUGAACCAGAGAAGAAUUUGCGGAUUUUACCUUCUUCAUGCCAGCUGAAUUCUGCAGGAUUCUCAGGUCCAUUGUAUCUGGUCUGGACUCUCCAGCCAAGGUGAGCUCCAUGGAGAAGAAGUUAUUUCACAAGAGUAAAGAACUUCAGGACAAACAGGACAAAUGCCACAAGAUGGAGCAAGAAAUGAUGCUACUCCACAGACGGGUUUCUGAGGUGGAGGCUGUUCUCAGUCAAAAGGAAGUUGAGCUGAAAGCAUCUGAAUCUCAGAGAUCUCUGCUGGAACAGGACUUGGCAACCUACAUAACAGAAUGCAGCAGUUUAAAGCGCAGUCUAGAGCAGGCCCGAAUGGAAGUUUCCCAGGAGGAUGACAAGGCUCUGCAACUUUUAAAUGAUAUUCGUGAACAGAGCAGAAAGCUCCAAGAUAUAAAGGAGCAGGAGUUUCAAGCUCAGUUAGAAGAGAUGAAAAUAAUGAUGCACCAGUUGGAAGAAGAUCUUUCAGCUGCACGGAAACGAAGUGUCCUGUAUGAAACAGAACUGCGAGUCUCCAGAUUAUCUGCAGAAGAAUUUAAACGAAACGCAAUAGAGUGUCAACAAAAGCUUCAAAAGACUAAAGACCAUGGCAAAGGUGAAGCUGGAGAAUUGCAUACUAACCUAGAAAAGGUCAAUACUGACCAACAGAACAAAAUUCAAGAGUUGCAGGAAAAACUGGCAAAGGCUGUAAAAGCCAGUUCAGAAGCUACAGAGUUGCUCCAAAACAUCCGUCAAGCAAAAGAGCGAGCAGAGAAAGAGCUUGAGAAACUCAAGAACCGAGAUGAUUCAAAUGAUGCAAUAAAGAAAAAACUGACUGAUGCUGAGGAAAGACGUCAUUCCCUAGAAAACCAAGUAAGAAGACUGGAAACAGGAGAACGUAGGGAAAACAAGCUGAAGGAUGACAUUCAGACAAAAUCUCAACAAAUCCAGCAAAUGGCUGACAAGAUUAUGGAACUUGAAGAAAAAUAUAGAGAGGCCCAGGUGGGAGCACAACAUUUUGAAGUUCAUCUAAAGCAGAAUGAACAAGUCUAUGAAGAAAAAGUCAGAAAUCUUGAGACUCAAAUGAAAAAAGACGUUGCUGAGAAAGAAGCUGUUGAGUUUUCUCGUAUAAAAAGUGAAGAAGAGAUUUGUGAGAAAAACAGAAUUCUUAGUGAACAAAAAGCGAUGAUAAAUGUUCUGGAAUCAAAGAUCACUUCCUUGGAACAAAGGUUAUCAGAAUUAUCUGAAGCUAAUAAACUGGCAGCAAAUAGCAGUCUUUUUACACAAAGGAACAUGAAAGCCCAGGAGGAGAUGAUUUCAGAACUUAGACAGCAAAAGUUAUACCUGGAAACACAGGCUGGAAAAAUAGAGGCACAGAAUCAGAAGCUGGAGGAACAGCUAGAGCGAAUUAAUAACCAGGAGCACACUGACAAAAGCCGCCUUAUAGAACUGGAAACAAGACUGCGAGAGAUCAAUUUGGAGCAUGACGAGCAAAAGCUGGAGCUAAAGAGGCAACUAACAGAGGUGCAGCUUACAUUACAGGAAAGAGAAUCCCAGAUCUCCAGUUUGCAGUCUGCACGUUCUACAUUAGAGAUUCAGCUUCAUCAGGCAAAAACAGAACUGGAAGAGACAACUGCAGAGGCUGAAGAAGAGAUUCAGGUUUUAAGGUCUCACAGAGAUGAGAUCCAGCGUAAAUUUGAUACUUUGCGUGACAGUUGUACGGUCCUUACAGAGCUAGAGGAUCAGCUUAAUCGUAUCAGUCAAGAAAAUGCAGAUUUGAACAAUCAAAACUUUUAUUUGUCAAAGCAACUUAAUGAGGUUUCUGGAGCCACUGAUGAAAUUGUACAACUGCAAAGUGAAGUGGAUCAUCUCAGAAGAGAAAUCACGGAAAGAGAGAUGCAACUUACAAGUCAGAAGCAGACCAUGGAGGCCCUGAAAACCACAUGUACCAUGCUAGAAGAACAAGUGAUGGAUCUUGAAGCAUUGAAUGACGAGUUGUUAGAAAAGGAACGUCAGUGGGAAAGCUGGCGUAGUUCGCUAGAAGAUGAAAAAACUCAGUUCGAAUGCAGACUUCGAGAAAUACAGAGAUUGCUGGAUACAGAAAAGCAGAGCAGGGUGCGAUCUGACCAGCGAACUACAGAAUCACGCCAGAUAGUGGAGUUGGCAUCCAAGGAACACAAGGCUGAAAUCUUAGCUCUACAGCAAGCAUUGAAAGAUCAGAAGCUUAAGACAGAAACUCUUUCAGAUAAGCCUGCCCGAAUUUUGAAUCAGCUAAACGAUUUGGAAAAGAAGCACGCUAUGCUGGAAGUGAAUGCACGCAGUUUGCAGCAGAAACUGGAGACUGAAAGAGAACUAAAGCAACGGCUUUUAGAAGAGCAGGCUAAGUUGCAACAGCAGAUGGAUCUGCAAAAGAAUCACAUCUUCCGCCUGACUCAAGGACUUCAGGAGGCACUGGAUCGAGCUGAUCUGCUUAAAACUGAGAGAAGUGAUUUGGAGUAUCAGCUGGAAAGCAUGCAGGCUCUAUUUUCUCAUGAAAAAGUAAAGAUGGAAGGCACCAUUUCCCAACAAACAAAACUUAUUGACUUCUUACAAGCAAAAAUGGAUCAACCAUCUAAGAAGAAAAAGGUACAAAAUGGUUUGUUCAGUAGACGCAGAGAUGAUCCCAAUCAAACUUCACAAGUUCCUUCACAGUUUAAUGAGCUAAAGGUAGCUCUUGAAAAGGAGAAGGCUAGAACUGCAGAAUUAGAAGAGGCUCUUCAAAAAACCCGAAUUGAACUCCGCUCUGCAAGAGAGGAAGCUGCUCACCUAAAGGUGUCAGAUCACCCUGUUCCUUCCACACCUGGUACAGCAAGACAACAGAUUAUUAUGCCGGCACUAGUUAGAUCACCUGAGCAUCAGCCCAAUGCAGUCAGCCUGCUUGCCCCACAAAACAGUAGAAGAAAAGAAUCAUCAGCUCCUGAAGAAUUUAGCCGUCGCCUUAAAGAAAGAAUGCAUCAUAAUAUUCCACACAGAUUUAAUGUUGCUCUUACCAUGAGAGCAGCGAAAUGUUCGGUAUGCUUGGAUACCGUGCACUUUGGACGUCAGGGAGCAAAGUGCUUAGAAUGUCAGGUCAUGUGUCACCCAAAGUGUUCCUCCUGCCUCCCAGCUACAUGUGGCCUCCCUGCAGAAUACGCUACACGUUUCACUGAAGCCGUUUGUAGAGAGAAAACGAAUUCGCCUGGAAUGCAGAUGACGGAAGCAAAUGGUAUUGUGCGACUAGAAGGCUGGAUGAAAAUUCCGAGGAAUAACAAACGUGGCCAGCAAGGAUGGGACAGGAAAUAUGUUGUCUUGGAAGGGUCUAAAGUGUUGAUUUAUGAUAAUGAAUUGAAAGAAGGGGGACAGCGGCCUUCUGAGGAGUUUGAGCUUUGUGUUCCCGAUGGAGUUGUGACUGUUCAUGGCGCUGUUGGAUCUACAGAGCUUGUAAAUACUGCAAAAUCAGAUGUGCCAUAUGUCAUGAAGAUUGAGUCUCAUCCACACACAACUUGUUGGCCAGGGCGCAGUAUGUACUUGUUAGCACCAAGUUUUCCUGAUAAGCAGCGAUGGGUAAAUGCACUGGAAUCUGUAGUUGCAGGAGGCAGAGUAUCCAGAGAAAAAGCAGAGGCCGAUGCUAAACUGCUUGGAAACUCUCUAUUAAAAUUGGAGGGGGAAGAUCGUCUUGAUAUAAAUUGCACAAUACCGCUUACUGAGCAGAUUGUUUUGGUUGGUGCAGAGGAGGGUCUUUAUGCUUUGAAUGUGCUGAAGAAUUCUCUCACUCACAUACCAGGUGUAGGAGCAGUAUUCCAGAUUCAGAUUGUUAAGGAGCUGGACAAACUUCUUUUAAUAGCAGGGGAUGAACGGGCUCUAUGCCUUGUUGAUGUGAAGAAAGUGAAGCAGUCCCUGGCUCAGUCACAUCUCCCAGCACAGCCAGAAAUCCCAUUGACUGUUUUUGAAGCUGUUAAAGGAUGUCAUCUUUUUGCCGCAGGAAAGAUUGAAAAUGGGUUAUGCAUCUGUGCAGCCAUGUUAAAUAAAGUUGUCAUACUGCGCUACAAUGAAAGUCUCUGCAAGUUUUGCAUAAGAAAGGAAAUUGAAACAUCUGAGCCAUGCAGUUGCAUUUAUUUUACUGGCUACAGUAUCAUCAUUGGAACAAACAAGUUUUAUGAGAUUGAGAUGAAGCAGUACACUCUGGAGGAGUUCCUGGAUAAAAAUGACCAUUCCUUGGCUUCAGCUGUGUUUGCUUCAUCUUCCAAUAGCUUUCCAAUUGCUAUAAUGCAAGUAAACAGCACAGGCCAGAGAGAAGAAUACCUUCUCUGCUUCCAUGAGUUCGGUGUAUUUGUUGAUUCUUAUGGAAGACGUAGUCGUACAGAAGAUUUGAAAUGGAGUCGCAUUCCUCUUGCUUUUGGUACUACUACGUUUCCAAUAAUGUUUCGGUUUCACUUAGCCUACAGAGAACCAUACUUAUUUGUGACCCAUUUUAACUCUUUGGAGGUGAUUGAGAUUCAGGGACGUGCUGCACUAGGUGCUCCAGCUCGAGCCCAUCUUGAUAUUCCCAACCCACGUUAUCUGGGACCAGCAAUCUCUUCUGGGGCCAUUUAUAUUGCAUCUGUCUACCAGGAUAAGCUAAGAGUAAUCUGUUGCAAGGGGAAUCUAGUAAAGGACACUACUAGUGAGCUUCACCGGGCUCCUUCUACAACUCGCAGCCCAAACAAGAGAGGACCACCAUCUUACAAUGACCACAUAACAAAGAGAAAAGCAUCCAGUCCAGUGCCAGCUGAGGUCCAAGGUCUUGUGCGGGAGCCUAGUACACCUCACAGAUACCGUGAAGGACGGACGGAAUCGUGCAGAGACAAAUCUCCUGGGAGGCCUCUGGACAGGGAGAAGUCUCCAGGGAGGUUACUGAGCACCAGACGGGAGAGAUCACCAGGAAGGCUUUUUGAAGAGAGCAACAGGAGCCGUGGAGCUGUGAGGACACCGUUGUCACAAGUCAAUAAGGUGUGGGACCAGUCUUCUGUAUAAUUGAACAAAAGAAACUGUGGGAAAGUUUUAUUGAAACUGAUUUGUUUUAUAUCCAGAUAAUAUUGUUUGUAGCAGACAGCAGAUGCAAAAACAUUAAACUGUAUAUGUGAAGCUGUGUGCUAAUAUCUUCAACUACCUUAAAGGCUGAAUAUCACACUCCAUAUCACAUUUUUCCAUCUCCUAAAGAAGAACACUAUUGCACUAGGUCAGGUCUGUUUGUUUUUGCUAGAUUUACUAACUGAACAGUUCCAAUCAUUAGGUUCCACCAGCUGAAUUACUGAACUCUAGUCCUUAUUUUAAAGCCAAUUAACUUGCAGGGUCUCACCAUUAUUUUGUGCCACAUGACUCAUUUUUCCAAAUGCAUACGACUUUCUGGGCAGCAAAGGGUUUCACUCUAUUCUGCAUAUUGACAUCCUAAUGCUUCUGCUACCUCACUAUAAUCUACAUCUUGCUUUAUCCACAAUACAUGAAUGUGCCAGGGGUAAUAUGUCAGAAAAAGGUGCUAAAAUCUUUUAUAGGUGUAGAUAUUCUAUUGGCUUCUCAUUUUUCAAUUUGUAAUCGAGAAAGUUUGUAACACCCCUCCCCCCCGACUUUCAGAAUGUGUUCAUGUAGUAAUUUGCACUUUGACAAUGUAUAUAUUUGUGUUUCACUUUAAUGCAUGAUGGAUUCCACCCCAAAAGGAGAAGCCUCAUACUUCUAUUCAUUUCUGCUGAUGUUGUGUCACUUGUUAUUUAUUGAGUAAUGAUAAGCGAGCAUAUCCAGGCUCAUCUACUGAAGAUGUUAUUGAGUUGGUCCCUUUAAAUGCUUCCUUAAUUAUGAGGAUUGUACAUAUUUACCAGAAAGUUUAUAUUCAUAAAAUUGAAUAUGUUUCUAAUUU